GCAGACUCAGAGCUCUGACUGAACUACUGCUGCUGUAUAUUAUUAUAUAUAUAUACAUACUCCCAUUUACCAUUUUAUGUCUGCAUAUAUAGACCCUUCUGAGGAAAAUCGAUCUCUGUGUAACGGCUACUUUUGCUGUUUACUGAAGGGUGAGGGAAAAGGGCUGUGAUUUGUGAAAGGGUCUGUUCUAUUUGCAGAGGCAGGAAUGGAUCGUAACAAUGGCAGGGAACCUUGGAGUUGGCAUGGGGAGAAUUAUUGUCUCCAGAAGGACACCAAUCAUGAAAUGUCUGAUGGCCUAGUCAAUGAAGUGACCUUGAAUGAGGAAGACCUUUCCUACAUGUUUGACGAAACAACCCCAGUUAAGGCUUGUGGAGAUUUGGCAUACCAUGUUCCUCAUGGUGGUAGUAUAAGCAAGCAAUCAGAGGAACAAAGGGAGACUUAUUCUCAAGUUAAAAGGCGUAGAAUGCUACAGUUUGAUAAUGAUGUAGUAGAUUCCCCCUUUGGCAAUGGAGAGAUGUCAUCUACAUUCCUAAAAUCAAAUGAAACGGUGGACUCACUUGAAGAUGUCGAACAGUGGGUUGCUGGGUUUUCAGAACCUGCAUCUGGUUGUGAGGGCCUAGAUCAGUCAUCUGAAUGGUGGCUUGCUGAUUGUUUUAAUGAUCUAGAGAUGCAAGUUAGCCCUGAUGAUACGAAUUUUACUGGGCCAUCUGACAUUCAAUUGGAUGUCACAGAGUUCUGCAAUGCCCCACCUGAGAUGGAGGCUAAUGUGCUUCAACAAAAUAUUACCCGAACUCCUGGAAACAUUGUUUUUAAAGGUAGGAAAUCUUACAUACGGCCCCCCACUAAGUUUGCGUCUUCUGUGGCCUAUCCAUUUGCCUUCAUUAAACCAUGCAGUUUCCAUGGAGAUGUGACUCUGAAGGAUAUCAACCAGAGGAUUCAAACUCCACCACCAUCAAAAUCAAAGCAAAACAAAGAAGAACCUGCUGUUGUUUAUCCUACUUCAGCUUUCUCAGGGAAGCCUGUUGUUGGCAAAACUAAAAUUCGCACUGAGGGAGGAAAAGGCAGCAUCACAAUUAUGAGAACCAAAGGGUAAGUAGAUAAGUGCUCUUCAAAUCUCCUUUCUGUGGCCUGUUGAUCUCACCCCACCAUACAUGAUGGUUGAGUAUCUCUGUAUUAUUUCUAGGCCAACUAGUACAGAAUUUGAUGCUACAAAUUUUUCCCAGGACAUCUUGGAAUUCAUAAAUCACAUCAAAGUGUUUAUGUUUCCAAUUAGGGUUUCUAUGUUGUCAAAUAGCUCUUGAUUUGUACAUGGUGGAUUUGUUGGACUCAUAAAAUGCAAAAUCAAAAUGCCAACUAGUACAGAAUUUGAUGCUACAAAAUUUUCCCAGGACAUCUUGGAAUUCAUAAAUCACAUCAAGGUGUUUAUGUUUCCAAUUAGGGUUUCUAUGUUGUCAAAUAACUCUUGAUUUGUACAUGGUGGAUUUGUUGGACUCAUAAAAUGCAAAAUCAAAAUGUCUGAGAUCC